AUGCAUUUAGUCGGAAACGGUAGAAAUCAAACGCUAAUAAUUCAAUAUGAAUUCAAUCGGCCUGGUGGAUUAGUGGACGCCGACGCAACCGCGAUAUUAUUAUUAUUUUUAUGUUUUAAUAAUAAUUAUUUUAACGUGAAUGCAGGCUGUAGAGCUAGUGAUAAUCGGUUGAACUGUGAUUCGAAAUCAAAUUUGAUUGAUAUCAAUAAUCUAUCGCCUUCAAUACGGGAUAAAAUAAAUUAUUUAAUUUUUGAUGGAUUCAAUGAAACAAAACUAACAGCGGCAUCGUUUGAAUUACCUGCUUUAGAAAUAAUAGAAAUAUUUCAUACAAAUAUACAAGAAAUUGAAGCCGAAGCAUUCGAAAAUUUGGAUGAUUUAACACGAUUAACAUUACAUUAUAAUGCAUUUUAUUCGGAAAUUCAACCAAAUACUUUUUAUGGCUUACUCCAAUUAACAGAAUUAACAAUAUUUAAAAGUCCUAUACAAGUCAUCAAAAAUAAUGCAUUUCGAGGACUUUCAAAUUUAGAAAUCCUUGAUUUACAUGAAAAUCGUAUACGUAUUAUUGAACCAAACGCUUUCGAAUCGUUAAAAAAUUUAAAACAAUUAAAAUUAAAUAAUAAUCAAAUACAACAAUUACCAAAAACCUUGCUUCGUUUUUCACAUAAUAUUGUCCACUUAGAAUUACAGGACAAUGACCUUUUGGAAUUUACACGUGACCAUUUUGUAUAUUAUAUCCGAAAGUAUGCUGGAGCACCGUACAUAGAACCAAUUUCAUCCAUCCAACAUAUUAAUUUAGCCAAUAACCAAAAUUUUCGAUUACAUAGCAGAAAUUUUGAUUAUGAUUCCAUAAUUGACCUUGAUUUAUCGGAUAUAGGUUUGACAAUAAUCGAACCAGGUGUAUUUAGUCCCACGUUAAAAAAACUAACAUUAUAUUUUAACAGGUUAACAAAAGUAACAAAUGGUGUGUUUAACACAUUAACCAAUUUAACUGACUUAUCUUUACGCCAGAAUUUGAUUAGUUUAUUUGAUAAUAAUUGUUUCGAUAAUAUGGUUGAAUUAAGAAUAUUGGAUUUAUCGAUUAAUUAUAUUACCGAAUUACCAGAAAUGUUGUUUAAAAAUUUAUCAAAAUUAGAAUAUUUAUAUUUGUAUUCGAAUCGCAUAAACUUUUUAAGAUCAAACGAUUUCGAAAAUUUAAGAAAACUCCAAAAAUUAAUUCAACCGAAAACUUUUUCAGGUAAUAUUAAUUUAAAAGCUCUUGAUUUAAGUGAAAAUAAAUUACUUACAAUCGAUGAAGGUGUUUUCGACGGACGAAGCAAAAAUAAUACUUCGAAGCUAACUGUUGUUAGAAUAAAUUAUAAUCCAUUAACGUAUUUGGGUAAAGACGGAUUUUUACCGUUAGUUAAAGUCCAAGAACUUAACUUAGAUUCGAAUGAAAUCAAUCAAAUUGAAUUGGGAACAUUUCGAACUAUGACCAUGUUAGAAUCAUUAAGUUUAAAAAACAAUUCCCUGCAAACUUUAUCAAAUGGAUUGUUUACAAAUUUAUUUAAUUUAGAAAAUAUUUAUUUAGAUUCGAAUAAAAUACGUGUAAUUGAACCGAAUGCAUUUGGAAAGCUGAAUGAGUUAAAAUUAAUAAGUUUAGAAGACAAUUUGUUAGAAACUUUUCCGAAUGAGUUAUUUACAAAUGUUCCAAAUUUAAAAGAACUUAUUUUAGCUAAAAAUAAUUUUAAAACUUUACCAGAUUCGAUUUUUUCAAAUAUACGAUCUGUUAAAAAAAUUGAUUUAAGUUACAAUAAUUUAAAAUAUAUUCACCCGUUAGCACUAAAUGGUAGUGUGAUUGAAAGUUUAUCAAUAUUCGGGAAUAACGUAACCUUUGUCGAAGAUGAGUUUUUUAUUAAUUUGGAACAAUUAAAAUAUUUCACAUUUGAUAAGAAUCCAAUACAAUGUAAGUGCUAUUUUCAAAUGGUGAAAACAAUGGAAAAAUAUAAUAUUAUACAAGAUGAUAACGAAACUUGGUUUCAAUCAAAAUUGGGUGUAAUACCAGUGUGUACGGUUACAGGUUUGGAUACAUGUGUUAACGAUCCAAAUUUAAGUUUAGAUAUAUUUAAGUUUUUCCAUCAUAUUAUUAAAAUUACAAAACAGCAAGGAUGUUUUAUGCAAACGGGCCCCGAUGGCCCCCUACGUCUAUGUAAAUCUAAAAAAUACAUUUUUUAAAUUUCUAAAUCACAUAUAGCUUAAUAGUAAAUUACGACCCUAGACCAGAAAGUUGGAUUUACUGGCAUGAUACACGUCAGGGCAUCCAAUAUUCGAGCCGUGGGUUGUAUACUAUUUUUCUGUAUCCCCUAACCGAAAGUGGCGAUCUGACAAUCGUUAACUGAGCAACUUGAAAAUUCGGAUUCAGCAAAUUUCACUGCCUGUUCGGUGGGACCCGUAAAUGUAUACGAAACCCACUCAGCGCCUAAACUAUUAUGUUCGACCUGUCAAGUUGGUCAAUGUUUUGUUUACAUAUUUGCAUUGUCAAGUCGUCUCAAGCUAAGAUGGCGUCGACUGGGUACGUGCGCGAACUGAACCAAAACUCGUCCUCCAUCGAACAUACCUUGUCUAAUUCUACUAUGGUCCCACAAGGUCCCAACAUUCCACAAGUGAGAAUUUGCAAAUUUUUUUAUGAUUUUAUAAUUUUACAAAUUGUUGCUAUGGUACAAAAAUAACAAGCCACGAAAGUCGUUCUUUCUGAAGCCAGAAAGUACGUACUUUCGGCUAGGGGAUAUAAAUUAUGAUUGCAAUAAAAUGUAAUUUUUAAUAAAAUACUUAAUUU